GCUGUGCCGUGGCGGAAAGAUGGCGGCGGCCAUGGCAGGAACGGGACCCGGCGCGGCCCCAGCGAUCAGCGCGGCCGCGACCCCUCCCCGGUCCUAAAGCGGCGCGGAGACCACUGCGGCCCCCGGUGCCCCGUGUCCCUUCACCCCUCGGGCCAGCGGGAGAGUAUCUGGGCUCCCCGAUACCUUUGGCGGGCGGGCCCUCAGCUGUCCCCGGGCUUCCCUGGAGCUCAGUCCCUCCUUAGCCCGGGGGAGCGGAGCUCUUCGUUUCCCUCUCGGCAGGUGGGCCCGGAUACAUUGCAGGCGAUCCCUCCUGUGCUCCCUCGCCCUCAGCUCUCUCCGUUAUUUCCAGGCUGUACCCUGUGCCUGCUGCUUGUCAGGAUGAAGAUGAAGUAGAGCUCUGACCAUGGACCAUGAGGCCCCCACCAUCAGGCCCCGGCGCAUCCAGAACCAGAACGUCAUCCACCGCCUGGAGCGCCGCCGCAUCAGCUCGGGCAAGGCCGGCACCCACUGGCACCAAGUCCGAGUCUUCCACCAGAAUGUCUUCCCCAACUUCACCGUGGUCAACGUGGAGAAGCCGCCCUGCUUCCUGCGCAAGUUCUCCCCCGACGGCCGCUACUUCAUCGCCUUCUCCUCCGACCAGACCUCGCUGGAGAUCUACGAGUACCAGGGCUGCCAGGCGGCCGAGGACCUCCUGCAGGGCUACGAGGGGGAGAUCCUGGCCAACGGCAACGACCAGAGGUCAGUCAACAUCCGGGGGCGGCUCUUUGAGCGCUUCUUCGUGCUGCUGCACAUCACCAACGUGGCCUCCAACGGGGAGCACCUGAACCGGGAGUGCAGCCUGUUCACGGACGACUGCCGCUACGUGAUCGUGGGCUCGGCCGCGUACCUGCCCGAGGAGCCGCACCCGCCCUUCUUCGAGGUGUACCGCAACAGCGAGUCCGUGACCCCCAACCCCCGCUCCCCGCUGGAGGACUACUCCCUGCACAUCAUAGACCUCCACACGGGCAGGCUGUGCGACACGCGGACCUUCAAGUGCGACAAAGUCAUCCUGUCUCACAACCAGGGGCUGUACCUGUACAAGAACAUCCUGGCCAUUCUCUCCGUGCAGCAGCAGACCAUUCACGUCUUUCAGGUGACGCCCGAGGGGACGUUCAUCGACGUGCGGACCAUCGGCCGCUUCUGCUACGAGGACGAUCUCCUGACGCUGUCUGCCGUGUACCCCGAGGUGCAGCGGGACACUCAGACAGGAAUGGCCAACCCUUACAAAGAGCCCUUCAUAAACUCCCUGAAGCACAGGCUGCUGGUGUACCUGUGGAGAAGGGCCGAGCAGGAUGGAAGUGCUAUAGCAAAAAGAAGGUUCUUCCAGUACUUUGACCAGCUGAGGCAGCUCCGCAUGUGGAAGAUGCAGCUCUUGGAUGAGAACCAUCUGUUUAUCAAAUACACAAGUGAGGAUGUGGUCACACUGCGGGUGACAGAUCCUUCCCAGCCAUCGUUCUUCGUCGUGUACAACAUGGUGACCACGGAGGUCAUUGCUGUGUUUGAGAACACAUCUGAUGAGCUGCUGGAGCUGUUUGAGAACUUCUGUGACCUCUUCAGGAAUGCCACCCUGCACAGUGAGGCUGUCCAGUUCCCCUGCUCAGCUUCCAGCAACAACUUUGCGAGGCAGAUCCAGCGCCGGUUCAAAGACACAAUUGUGAACGCCAAGUACGGAGGGCACACGGAGGCCGUGCGGCGGCUGCUGGGGCAGCUCCCCAUCAGCGCCCAGUCCUACAGCGGCAGCCCCUACCUCGACCUGUCCCUUUUCAGCUACGAUGACAAGUGGGUGUCAGUCAUGGAGCGGCCCAAGACCUGUGGUGAUCACCCCAUAAGAUUUUACGCUCGUGAUUCUGGCCUGCUGAAGUUUGAGAUCCAGGCGGGACUCCUGGGGCGCCCCAUCAAUCACACAGUGCGGCGCCUGGUCGCCUUCACCUUCCACCCCUUCGAGCCCUUCGCCAUCUCGGUGCAGCGCACGAACGCCGAGUACGUGGUGAACUUCCACAUGAGGCACAGCUGCACCUAGAGGCACCUGGGGCUGUCUCCUUGGCUCUGGGCCUCUGCCACAGCUGCACCAAAGCCAGACACUCGUGUCUUCUGGAAAACCAAACCAUCGCUCGUGGAAAGAAGCCUCACCUGGGAGCUCCUACCAGUGGCAUCUCGAGUGCCCUCAGCCUCAGCUGGGGAAGGCUGAUCCACCCCAGUUACGGGGGGUGGAUGAUUCUCCUGAGCCUGUUUGUACUGCAGAGAUCCCCCUGCAUUAAGUGCUGCUGUCCUUCCCUGUUCCUGUUGAUGAACACAGCAUAGCUGAGGUUCCUGUCCUGGUUUCCCAGAGGCAUGGCUGUUUUCUGUCCUGCUGUGGGUCUUAAGAGGGCACAGAUGGAGCUUUGCAUCACACUUGUGGAGCGCUCCCUUCUGCACUGGUGCUCUCCUACCUUGUUGGACAAAUGACCUGUCACAGAGGGAAGGGAUGGGAGCCAAGGGGAGGGUUUGGACACAGCUACUCCUGUUUGUAUCUUCAGAAUUGCUAGGGAAAUGAGAUCCUGCUCUCAUCCACACAAUCUACUCACGUCAUUUUAAUAUGCAAGAGGUCAGGAAAAAAAAGGUGUGAGAAAUCACUACAGUUGAGAGACAUGAGGUAUGUUCCUGACUCUUAUGCAAGUCACUUAAUCUUUGUGCCUUAGUAUUGUAAAAGCUCCUAAGUGAGAGUUGGUGUUCAUCCAGCAGGCCAGGGCAGCUGGUUGUGUCUGUAGUGCACGAGGAGGUGGGUGCAGGAGGGGGAUGGAUGUCUGGGAAGGGUGUGGGGGGCAACAGCAGCUCCUUGGUCAUGUAAGAAGGACUUUUCUGUAGCAUGGUGGUUAAUCCUCAUGGCCAUCUGCAGGUUCUGCUGCUGAGAAGAGGGAGACCCAGCUGCUGGCACUCUCCUGUGUGUUGGAGUACCAGUGUGGAAAAUUAGUAGGAUUUGCCCAGGAAGAAGGGUGAGGACCUGAAUUCAUGUUCACUGCUGUGGGUGGGCAGUUUGGAGAUGAACUUGUUGACUUAGGUUGCUUACCUCUGUCUGUUUGAUACUCUGUUCUCUGUGAGAACCCAGAUGCUGUUUCCAGGCUUCAGAGCACAGCUGGCCAGUGUGUCAGUGUUGGCUGGAACAUGGCAGUGUUUGUGCUGCUGAUAAUUUAAGCUCCUGGGUGUAAUUACCUGCCACUGUGGGCUGGUGAGGAUGCUGGCCUGCCCUUCUCUCUUAAAAAUGGAGUUUUUGAUUGUAGGCCAGCAUUUAGGGGUUUUUACAUGAGGGCUGGUUUAUGACUGCUGCCAGGCAGCACAACCAUCCCAGCAUCACAAUGUGCUCCAUCAAAAGCUGGAGCCUGUUCUUGUCCCAUUCCUUUAGGAGGCACAGUGGGGGCAAUAGAAAAUUGGUGCUAAUACACAGGAGACCCUCUCCAUUAAAGGACCCUGUGGGUGUCUUGAUUGGACCAAAAUGAGCUGUGGGCGAUGUGUUGUGGCCACGUGGCUGUGAAGAGGAGUGCUGGAGUCAUGCGUUCAUUUUGCUGGUGAUGCACUGGAGAGGAGCUCUGUGGGUGGUGGUGCCUGCUCAUGGUAUGAGCAGUGGACCUCAAAAUUAAGGGUGUCCUGGGGUCCUUGGAUCAGCCUUUGCUCUCUGCCUCACUGUACUUCUCUCCUGGCCUUUCUAAACCUAUUUCUAGGGAAGACAUUGCAUUUCACUGCUCUUUUCCUGGUGUUUGCACUGUUGGUGCCUCAGGUCUGUCAGGAGUGCCAACGGGUCAGGAGACUGCUAACAGAGGAGGUGUCAAGUGCUUUAACUGCAGGAUCCUCUCAUCUAAUAACACUAUUUGUCAAGGUUUUAGGGUUUUAUCCUGUGAUCUGUUCCUCAAACAUUCAAUUAAAGCUCCAAGUGGAGAAUCAUUUGCACACUGCAGAUCAUGGAUUUACCUCCCUCUGCACCUCUCUCACAGCUGUUCACACUUCAAUAUGAGACUUUUUUUUCCCCCCCAAGCUUCCAGCAGCUCCAUAUGAGACUGUGUUUACUCCUUGGUGUCACAGCCUCAGGAAGUCAGCACUUACUAAAUUAGCUUUCAGAUCUCCAUUGAGACUCUUUUUUCAGCAGUAAAAAUAUAAACUUCUGCAUUUCUGUAGUAGGAGCUUUUGCCAAAUUCAGGCUGCUCUGUGUGAAGCUGAGAGUGUGGCAUGGAUUGUUGGACUUGGGGCUGAGAAAAAGAUCUGUUCUUAGCUCUGCUAUUAAAUUCUGAGGCUGGGGGCAAAUAUCUUCCUUCUCCAGCUGGUGUUUUCUUCUCCAUAAAUGAGGCCAAAAACAUAUUUUCAGCUUUUGUAAAACACUUUGAGAUUCAUGGAUAAAAAGUGCUGGAUAAGUGCUAAGUAUUUUCUUACUAUGUUUGCAGACAAACUGAUCAUACUGGGUACUAAUUGCCUUGGAGUAGCAUAGCAGAUCCUCUGGUCUUGGCUGCUGCAUUUUAUAUCAACAACAGAGUUAAUUUUAUUACAGAAAUGUAUGGAAAGAAAAGUCUCAUGCUUGAAAUUUUGAUGCUUUUAUUUAAGAAACAAUAAGUGUGGUGGGGAGGGUGGGAGAAAAGGGGAGAUAUUUUCUACCUGAUAUUUUUCCUAGUUAGGGUAAAGAUUUGUUAGCAACACAAGAUGAAAACAGAAUAAACAGAAUUUGCUUUAAUAGUCUGAUUUAUUGUCUUUGUCUUCCAAAAAUCUGAAUGGUAUAGAUGGGAAUUUCUUCACUAAGAAGAGAUGGCAGGGGUGUGCCUUGGAUUGUGCAGAUAUAUCACAUGGGAGCUUGCUGCCUCUUCCUGGCACUUGGAGUAUAAGUGUGCUUAAGAAUGUUCCCACCUGAGGCAUUUCUGUAGUUCCUGCAGAUUUCUCAAGUUAUUGUCUACAUGAAUUAAUGCUGCCAGGAGAGGAAUUCUUGGUUACAUUUUUCCCUUUGUAUAUUACUAGCCCAGCUUGUAGUCAGGGACUCUUUGUUUAUUCCAUUUACAGUAUUUAUCUAACCUUUUGGUCAUUUUCUGCACAAUCAAAGGAUGAAAGCUGCUUGUGGCUUAACCCCAGCUGGCAACUCAGCCCCACAGAGCCACUUGCUCCCUCCCUCACCAAUGGGAGGAACUGGGGAGGGAAUCAGGAGAGUAAAAGUGAGAAGACUUGUGGGUUGAGAUAAACACUGCUUAAUGGCUAAAGCAAAACCACAUGGAAGCAAAGCAAAACAAGGAAUUAAUUCCCACUUCACAUGGCAGGUGUUCAGCCAUCUCCAGAAAGCAGGGCUCCAUCCCUUGUAACUGCCCCAGCCAAAACCAGCACAGAGCUGAACACACCUUCCUUGGGAGAGCAGCCUGUCCAUUGAUUUUAGGUUGGGCUGAGGCACUCAGAUUUUCCAUGUGCUGCUCCCUGCCUCUGUGCAGAACAGUCUGGCUGAGAACUCUACAGCAUCCCUGUUUGUGUUAGUCCCUCUAACCAUCUGCAUCUUGAGCAUGAAAGUGAUUUUCCUUUGAACCUUUCCUCAUUUCUCAGAUACUUUCCUGUGCAGACCUUGAGCACAUCAGAAAGCUCUUGAGCCCGUGGCUUUUCAGAUAGGCACUAAGUGACAAGGAGAUGCUUGAGCUGUAAACUGUGUUUGACUGGCAGCAAAAUCCCAUCUUUUUGUUACUUCUUGUGCUGCCUUUGCUUUAAGAAAAAAAAAGUAGUGGAAGCAAGACAGUUGCAUUAUUUCUUAUAUAAAAGACAUUAGACAGCAAGGCACAGAAAUCCCACUAGAGUCAAACAUAUGGAUACGUUUAAGAUGUGUCCCUACUAAAGACUGCUAUCAAUUAACCCUACGGUGCUCAUGGCUGGCCUUGAUUUAACUGCCUGUGAGUACUGGCAGGACCUUCCUUUAGCUCAGGUGUUGCAUCUAUUAAGCUCUUCCCUUGGUCAUUUUGACACAGCUAGAAGAAUCUGAUUUCUGAUGCUUUAAGAAGUCUGUUUUUCUUCUUUAUGAUCUGUCUUGCUGCUUUUCUGCCAGCUUUUCCUGCAAGGGUCUCUCAGGGCUGUGGGCAGAGAGGUGGUAAAGGGAUAGCAAUGAGACAUGUGGCCCUCUCACAGCUGUUGUCCUGUGAGCCUUUAUCAGAUAGGUGCACACUGCAGAGCAAAUGGAUGUCCUGUGGACAACGGGACAGGAUUUUGUGGCUUUACUUCAUCCUUGCUAUGUGACUUCCAGAGUCUGUGUCAUUGAUGUGCCUGAAUCUUGUGCUGCCCUGUAUUGUUACAUGGUUGUAAAAGCUUUUCUGGCCAAAUACUUCUCAGGAGGAGGGAAUGGUGAACUGGCUUUUUAUUUUUUUAUUGUUUUCCUUGCUCCAGGGCUGUGGGGGCUGUGGGCUGAGCUGUGCAGUGCAGUGCCACCCUGGUGCUGGCUCAGGCAGCCCCAGCCCCUGCUAGAGCUGUUUGCUGGUCAAGGUCUGAUUUGACUUUGUUUCUCUUGGGGAAGAGCUGUACUUACUGUGUAAGGAAAUGAGUUCUCAGAAAAAUACUGAUGUGGAAAAAACACUGAAUGGCAGUUUUGUUUUUUUUUUCUUUAAUGAUGUUUUGACAUAAAAAUACUGCAGUUUUAAACUAGCAAUCUGGAAACUGGUAAUUCGUGGCCGACUGCUGUGAUCCUGCAUGUGAGGAGAACUGGAAAGAGACACGUUGCCCUUGUUUCUAGCCACGAAGGGCUGUGCUGCAGCAUCUGGGUAACAUGUGGGUACUCACUUGAUUAAUGGGUUGAGGGCAGUUAUGGAGGAAUGUGAUGGGAUGGCUGAUAGAUGCCCACAGCCCUUGGGUAACACUACCAAGUCCCCAGCAUUUGCUGCAUCCUGCUCUGUAUGAACUAGAGCCUUUGAAGGGGUUUAUUUUCUGGAGGUGACAAAACUAGUUUGAGUUCAGUCUUUUUAAAGCCAGGAACGUGUUAUUUCUACUUUCCAUGGUUGUCUUCUUUCCUCUGCCUUUGCAAAAUGCCAAAUGUAGUCCAGAACAGCCCUGGCUUUGCCCAGAGGACUUCCUAAGCCCCUGUUUUUGGCAGUGAAUCGUUCCCUUUGGAAGCUACUCUUGCACAAGUUCAUCCUUCCCUCUGCCAGUGUCCUUCCUCUUUCCAGGUGUGUUGCAACAGCAUCAGGCAGGGAGGCAGAAGUGUAAGACAGAAAGUUGGGUGGGUGAGCACACUGUCACUGUCCCAGUGCCUGACUGGGCAGCGCCUUCUGGUUACCUUGGAUGGGGCAGGUGAGGGUGCGCUGGCAGCACUGACAUCCUGCCCUGGGCCAGAGCCCUGCCAGCCUGGGGUGCUGGAGCUGGGAUGUGUGGGACCAGUUGCUUUAGGGGUUUGGAGGGGUAGGAACCAGGCAGGUGGCAGGGAAGCCCUGCCAGGGCCAUCUGGCUGCUGCUGGACGUGAUUUUAGGGUGUUGUUAAGAGCAGUGGGCAGCACUACAUGCCUGUGAGUGCCUGCUCGCUGCCGCUGAGCUGGUCAUUUGAUAGCUCCUCGAUGCUCCUCGGAGGCCUAAAAUGGAGCAGUGCUGGAUUAGAUGUACCCAGUGCCCUUGGUGAGCUCUGGGGAGAUACGAUCCUCGCCCUCCCGCCUCCGACCUGCUGGCGCCCAGUGCCGUCACCACAGCAACGGGGAGAAACAGCCCAUCCGCAUGGAAACGGCCUUGCUGUGCCCGCCAGCCCGCUCGGGAACGCGGUUCAAGUGGAGAGCUUGGAAAGGUGAGGGGCACCAGCACCUCUGUGGUGACCAGCAGGGAGCCUUGGCCCGAGCUUGCUGUGGGUUUCCACUGGCACUGUCCCAUCCCAAAACACUGGCAUUGCCCCCCGUGCAGAGCCAGCACGUGCUCCGUUGUCUCUGACUGUGAGGGAUAAUUUUCAUUACUGCUGCCCUAUUUUUUGGGGGCUGGUCCUGAAGUCAGGGUAAGGUCCAUAUUAUCUGUGCUGAUACUGCAGCAGCGUAGGUAGGUCACUGGUUCACCUCUGACUGGUUAGUACUUAAUGCUUGUAAAAUCCCUCUUUGUAAGGAAGAAGGAGCAACUGGCAGCUAAACAGGGUCUCCUGUAACAUAGGACAGACAAAUGUCAUCUCAACAGCAUGAUUGUGCAGUGCAGCCUGUCUGGCUUUGGGCAGCAAAGUCCGAGUUAAUCUCUCCUCAUCCUGCCUCCUACCCCUUAAAUCCCCCAUCGGCUGCUUCCCCAGAGGGCUCAGCUUUGAAGGUGAUGUUGGUACUGAUCUGCUGGGUCUGAUAAAGGCUGGGGAGAGCAGCUCUGCUGUGCAGCUGCUUGUGGCCAAGAAGGGUUUGUUCCAGUUUUACACUGGCCCUUUGGUGAUCUUGGCUGCAGGAUCACUUGGACAGGGAUCUCUCCAGCCAGCAUCACUUCUUCUUUGGAUGGAUUUUGGUAAACAGGGCUGGUUUGUAACCGUGUCCAGGGACAGAUUGUCCCAGAGCAUCUCCCAGCGCUGGAGAAAGCUGCUUUCUAGCCAUCAGCCUUACUAAGAAGUCCACAGGGCUGGCCAGUCUAAAGUAAUUUGCAUGUCUUGGUCAGUAUGACCCUGGCAGCUCAGGAAAUUGCUAUUUCUGUGGAUUUGGCAGGAACAAAAUGAAAGGCAGCUCCCAGAUCUUGCCAAGGGGCUGUGUGAGAGCCUGGCUGGCAAUUAAGAGAGCAAGUUGUGUGCCUGCAUCUCUGGUGCAUGAAGACAUGAGUCCUAUUUCACCUCACCUUGGGACCUGCAGAAGGGGCAGAGCAUGGGAGACUGGUGGGUGAAAUACAUCAUUCUCUUGCCUGGGGCCCCAAGUUUUAUUUUUGUGGGUGGCAAGGCUGGCCUGCUGCAGUGCAGAGGAGCCUCUUGUGCUCAAUCCUUUCUCCCUUCUGCUUACUUUUUUUUUUAGAAAAACAAGUGGUGAGGUUGCUGCUGGAAGCAGCUCCCCCAAGCAAUGGCUUUUAGGGCUCUGAGAUGUUUGGGUCCAGGUGCACAGCCUCCACUCUCAGUAGAUAUGGGUAUAUGAGGAGGGUUAUGGACUCUGGAGAAAUUAGAGGACUUUGCCAAGUGGCACUAGUGCAGGGGAAGCUUGGAGAACUCAGAAGAGGAAGUGUGAGUGGUUUCAAAAAAACAAAAUAGCAUCGAGGCUUGGCUCCCCUCUACAUCUCCCCAAGAGCACCAUGCAGCCCCGCUCCACCAUCAGUGUGGGGACUUGGAUGCUCUUAGGCUGUUCAUUAGUAAAAUCUCUGAGCAGCUCCUACUGCCAUGGAGUACCCAUUAAUGCCUCUUCAGGGAGAGGAGAGCAUUGGGAAAGCACAAAAACAAUCUGAGGGCCCUUCAUCUCUUUUUGGUUUGAGAGGUCAUGGGCUGAGGUUGGAGGGGAAGAGGGGCUAGGUGGGGAUGCCAGGCAUGAAAGCAGCACCGUGAUUAUCGGCCGAAGUCUGAGUGCAAAAACAUAACCUGAUUUGAACUGUUACUUCUUCAACACUCCUGGGAGUGCUUUAGGGUUAUAAACACCUACUCAGUGACCUGCUUUGUGCACAUCUCGAGCCAGGUAUUCCCACACCAGAGGGAAAGCCAGCAAAACCUGCACAGAUGUCUUUAACAGCUGCAGCUGGGCUGCUGUAAGCCACCCCUGCUGCUCCAGUUUAUUAGCACUGCAGGGUCUGUCCCCUUCUCCCUGGCUGCUUGUGUGUACAGUCAGCUGUUAAAGGACACUGACAUCACUUAACGCUUUAAUUGAAUCUCACAAAGGAAUCCAAAUUGGCUGCCUGACUCUUGUCACUGAGAUGCUCAUGGAAGAAAUAGUAAAUCACCAAUUCAGCAGAUAAAGCUGCAGCUCUGGGUAGGCUUGUUGCUAGGGAUAGGGAAGUAAUUCCUCUUUGCAGAAUAAUACACUAUUAGGGAGAUGGCUGAGGGCUAUUUUUCCAGGCCACCAGGUGCCAUCCCUGUCCAAGGGAAGGGUAACCGAGUUAGUCUAACUCCCCAAGGUAGUGUGGCACUCAGUAAGGGGUAAACAGACCUGAGGCAGCAUUUUAUCUGUAAGUCAGGAGACUGUUCUGUGUUUUACAGAGGGAUUUACAGGGAUACAAUGGAGAGAGGUCCACGUGACCAUUUAUUUAGAACAGAAGGCAAAAUCCCAGGAAAGGCCAGGAUUGAACCAGGAUGAAGCUUUGCAGCCAGCAGCAAUUUCUGAGAUUGUUUCACAGAAAAAGUCAUUGUUGAGUGUGGGGAAUCAAAAGUUAGGAGGGAAUGGAGAGAAAAAUGUCCAAGAGCAAUAGGGAAGCCCAGAGGGAGAGGAUAUGACCCUAAUGAGAGUGCUAAUGCUGUGGCCAUACUACUGACAAAUAAAGUAAUUGCUGCUCAGGAGGAAUGCAAGCCAGCAGAAAACAGCUUUCCACCCAGACGCCAAGAAAAGCAAUUAGAACUCGUAAACACCAGCGGCUGACUAAAACCAGGCCUUUAAUUAAUAGUUUCAUUUAAAGGGUAAGGAAAUCGUUAAGCACUAUUGGUGUCUCUUAAUUCCCUGCAACAUGAACCACAAUAGUUUCAAGCCUUCUUCCACUGUAGUGUGUGCAGGAAGGAGCACCCGAGCCCUCUCUUUGUGCAGCCGUGCUCCCUCACCUCACUGACUGCCCCGGAGCCCUGGCAUGUGCUGCAGGAUAAACAGCUCAGACUGUGCACUAAGCUAGGACGUGGUUUUGGGAGCACUCUAUCAGGCCAAGGUGGAUGGAAAAUGUGAUCUCAGUAAAAAGCUGUAGAAGUUAAGUACUGUGUCGAGGAGCUCGGAGUACAGGGAGCUGGGGGUCUGGAAGAUUUGCAUCAUUGUGUACAGAUCCCAGCCACUGAGCCAUGGAGAACAGUGUCACCCUCUUCUGUCCAGCAUGGAGGGUGUUACAGGACUGUCAAAGGAAGAAGUAGGGGUAGGGGUAGCUACCAGAAAUAGGCAGGGCAGGGAGGGACAUAAAACUUCUCACUGUACAAGAAGUGGUGAUGCACUGCCAGACUUCUGAAACCUUCAUGAACACCCAGAAAACAAGAGUGUUAAGGAGUGGCCUUUACAGAGGACACAGCCUUGCUUUUACAUAUGGGAAUUCUGGAUGGAGCUGGGACAGCGAUAAUACAUCACAGACCCACAACAAGCUCCUGCUGCUUGUGGAUACACAGAGGACCCUGGAAAAUCCAGUUUGUGGCGCACAAGGCAGGGCAAAAGAGACUGCAAGCAUCAAACCUGGCACGAUCCCAGCAGCCCCUUUAGAAAGAGCGGUGCUUUCCUUUGCCAAGAGCAGUGGCAGGUCAGUACAGCCUGGGUGAAACAAAGCACUGCAACAGAUCUUUGCCAGGAAUGGAUCCAGGCUGGUGCUCUGUCAACAGGGAGAGCUGCAUCUCAGAGAGCACACGUAGCUCUGUGAGCCAGGGGGAAGGAAAGAGUUACCCCAUGCCUUGUUUCCCAAUGUGAACAGUGAGACAAAGAGGGAAGGAAAAUGACCUGACCCCGUGCAGUUGUUUACUACAAAUGACUACAAGGAGAUCGAGAUCUCAGGCUCUCCUUCUGCCUGACAAGGGCACUAAUGGCAUGGAGGGCUAGACAAGAGCCACAUAUGGUGGUAAGAGGAAGAGAGCAGUCGAAAGGCAAUAAUAAGCCAAAAUACUUCUGCAAACACAGCUGGAGUGGCUGUCAAAAGACCAACAUUUUAAUCAACAAACUUUGUAGACAAGAGGCUUCCCACUAAGGGAAUACACAGAUUCCUGCUUUCACCAGCAGCUUCUACCUCCUGCAUUUUUAAGGCUCAGCAUGGUCUCUCCAAGCUUCCCUUAACAAGUAUUUCCAGGGAGAGUGGCCUUGCAGUAUCUGUCACAGAAGCAACACUCAACUCAGUCCCUGAUGAACUGAUGUUGAAAGCUGUGUGUCCCUUGCUCUGCCCCUCACACUCUCCUGGCUUUCCGUGGGCGGCAGCCGUUGUGGGGGACCGGGCUGUUGUCGGUGAUGGAGAUGACCUCCAAACCUCCCAUCGUCAGCCCCUUGAUGGCAGCCUGCAACGAGACAGCAGGUGACAGUUAUCAACACACAGAACAGCGGAGAAGGGAAAAAAUUCAGGGCAAAACUGUUUUGUCCUCCAUCUGAAAACCAACUUCCAAUGUUCCAAUGCUUUUCAUUUUGUAAUUCUUAAAAAUAAGUAAUUCAUAUCAGAAAACCAAGUUUAAACUUAACUGUUCUAGUCUUUUCUUGAACAUUCCCACUGAUUUUCCUACUUUAACCAUAAGAAGUGCCAAAUACAACUUUUAUUCUAGCUACAAAAUGGUAUUACUCUAAAAUUCUAAUGACUCUGAAAAUUCUUUACUGGGCACUUCGGUGAGGAAUCCUUUUUAUCAACUUCAGAAAAACCAAGUGAGACCAGCCUGAGUUUAGAAAACAUGCAUGAUAGCUGAGAAAAUAAAGUAUGGAAAAGAAACUCCGACACCUA